AGUUGUCAAAACUCAAAAGAUUGAUUCUUGUUCGGCUCCCUGCUUUCUGAUUCGAGUCCUUCUGCUGCGGACUAUCAAAAAGUUGUGCAAAAUAUCCAGUUUGUGUAGUUUAAUUGCGUGAAAAAUCACUUUUAAAAUGGCUUUGCCAUUCAAUACUAAAACCCUCACUAGUCGGGUGUUUCUGAACAAAUGUUGCCGAACUAUUUGGCGACCUUACGUCAGCACCGGUGGUGCGAACAUAGAAGGAGGCCGUGCCAGCAACCUGGAUGGAUCUACUAUCAACGUACCAUCAAAAGAAAUCGUCACCCCGCUACCCCCACUUUCGCAGCCGAUUCCAGAUUUGCCUCCCGUUCAGUAUGCUCGGCCCGGAGACCAGAGCAACGUCACGCAGGUCACUCGACUUUCAAACGGGUUGCGGGUGGCCUCGGAGAAUCGGUUCGGUCAGUUUUGCACCGUUGGUGUGGUGAUCGAUUCCGGACCACGAUACGAGCUCGCAUACCCAAGCGGAGUGUCCCAUUUUCUCGAGAAGUUGGCAUUCCAGUCGACACAAUCUUUCGGAGAGAAGGAUGUCAUUUUCAAGGAACUCGAACAGCACGGCGGCAUUUGCGAUUGUCAGAGCUCGAGGGAUACGUUUGUGUACGCGGCUAGCGCUGAUAGUCGCGGAUUGGAUUCAGUUUCGCGGAUUUUGGCCGACGUCGUGCUGAGACCAAAGUUGGCCACUGAAGAAGUCGACAUGGCGAGACAGGCGGUAAAAUUCGAGCUUGAAACGCUGGGAAUGCGCCCAGAGCAGGAACCCAUUCUGAUGGAUAUGAUUCAUGCGGCUGCCUUCAGAGACAACACGCUAGGACUGCCGAAGCUCUGCCCGCCGCAGAAUGCCGAUCAAAUCGAUAGGACCUUGUUGCUGAACUACCUCAAACACCACCACAGUCCGGAUCGGAUGGUGUUAGCUGGAGUUGGCGUUCCCCAUGACGAUUUGGUUCGUUUAGCUGAAAAAUAUUUUGUGGAAGGAUCCACCACAUGGGAUAUGGAGAAGAUCGUUGCUAAAGAUCCGGCUGGUGUGGACGGUUCAAUUGCGCAGUACACCGGUGGUUCAAAGUUGGAAGAAUGUGCUAUCCCGGUAUACGCAGCGGUUGGACUUCCAGAGUUAGCUCAUGUUGUAAUUGGCCUCAAAGGAUGCUCCCAUCAAGACAAAGAUUUCAUUGCCGCUUGCGUGCUGAACAUCAUGAUGGGUGGAGGCGGUUCAUUUUCGGCUGGAGGCCCAGGGAAAGGCAUGUACACUCGCCUCUACACGAAUGUCCUGAAUCGUUACCAUUGGAUGUACAGCGCCACUGCUUAUAACCACGCGUACGGUGAUUCCGGAUUGUUCUGCAUUCACGCUACUGCUCCUCCCACGCACAUUCGAAGUCUUGUGGAAGUAAUAACUCGUGAACUGUAUACUAUGCAAGCCAAACCGGGCGAUCAAGAAUUGCAACGCGCCAAAACUCAACUGCAAAGCAUGCUACUGAUGAAUCUGGAGGCCCGUCCGGUCGUCUUCGAGGAUAUAGGACGACAGGUUCUGGCCACUGGAGAGCGCAGACGGCCAGAACAUUUCAUACAAGAAAUCGGCAAGAUAACUGCAGAGGAUAUUCAGAACGUGGCCCGAAGAUUCCUUGCGUCGCCACCUGCUUUAGCAGCACGCGGCGAGAUCAAGGGCAUUCCCGAUGUAAAAGACAUCCAAACGGCUCUAGCCGGCGAAGGACGAUUGCCCGGUAAUCGGCGACUAUCAUUGUUUAGGUAAGAAAAUAGGAAACAUUUCAUUGUCGAUUGGCCGGUGAAUGGCCAUCGACUGAUCGUGAGUCGUGGAAUUCGAAACUGUGAGUACUAUAGGAUGUUAGUUGCGUAAUAUGAUUGUGCUUAAAUAGUCCGCGGGAAGUGAUUACAAAUUAUUUUAAAAUAAAUCGAAUCUUAAAGGAA